GGUAGCAUCGGGGUGGUUCCAGCCGAAACUACGGCGUCCUCCACUUCCGCUUCGCCCGUUUUCCACCAUUUUUUUUUUCCAUCAUCCUUCGCCUCUCUCUCUCUCUCUCUCUCUUUCUCCCUUCGAUCGUUGUUCUUUCCAUCAUAUAUAGAUAUAUAUAUAUACACGUGUAUAUACAUAUAUAUAUAUAUACACGUUUUGGCGACAAUCUGUAUUUUCGUCAAGGGGGGAGGAUAUAUUGGUGGUGGAUCGGUGGAAGGAAGAGAGAGAAGAGUGAGAUGAGAGACGAGGAGCUCGGGAAGGAUGUCGAAGAGGAAUCGAGAGACGAGAACGAGAGAGAAACUAGAAAGAUCAGCACCGGGGAAAUAAAGGAGAUCGAAGAGCAUUCGUGAGAUGAGAAGAUUUCAAGUUUGAUCCAAGAACACGUUCGAAAAGUAACCUGGCUUAAUCGUUUCAACGAUGAAUCGAGAAAACGAGGAACGACCAGUCUCCCAAACCUUUUGCGGGGCUUUGCAAAAAGAACCGAAUUGCAAAUGUUUGGUGCUGUCCGUGUUGAUAUACGGAUGCCUUGCUGCAGUGACGUGGUGUAGAUGCGCGAAUGUCACCAAGGUGAUAAUCAAUUUCUCGAGGUAUCCGAUUAAAAGCACGAGACACGUAUCCCCCUGCGACGAUGGCUACAUAUACAUCCCCGUGGCUUUCAUGGGGAUGCUGUAUUUGGUCUAUCUGGUCGAGUGUUAUCACUCGCCGAUCAGAAUCGAUCUGUUACACGCGGAGAGCCAGGACAGCGUGUUGUCGAAGAUAACGCAGUUGAAAUUGGCGCAACCGACUAUAUGGUGGAAGGCUGUCUCCUACCAUUACGUGCGGCGUAAACGACAAAUUACCCGGUACAGAAACGGGGACAAUUACACGACGACGCAGGUCUACUACGAGAGGAUAAACACCCACGCCGCGACAUCCUUCUAUUAUUACGACUACUGCGGGGUGAAGGACAUCAGCAAGGAGUUGAUUCUCGAUCCAAAAGUGCCGAUCACAAAGAUUAAUCUCAGCAAGGGAUUCGCGUUUUCGAACAUGAGAUCGGCGACCGAAUUCGAGGAGGCCAGAACGAGAUUCUUCGCCGAGCAAGAACUGAGAGACGAUUACAUGGAGAUGAGAGAGGGCCUGGAUCUCGGAUACAAUCCGAAUCCCACGACCCUUGUCGCCGUUCUCGGCAAUCCUUGGUUCACCAAUCGCUACGUGUACUGGUGUCUGAGCGCUUUGUUGCUCAGCUGGCCCCUGAGAGUGAUCAUAGAAUACAAAACGCAAUACGCCGAUUAUCAGAUCACCAAGCUGUUCGGAAUCAACUACGACACACCGAGCGGCUGCGAGCCGAUACACGCGUCCAUGAGCCAACAAACGAUCAAUCAAGCGGGCUCUUACAUGUUAGCUCCGAGCUACAGCGAGGCGCUUCUCAUGGAUCCGGCGCCCGACCACCGUCCAUCUUCGACGGAGGCCCAACAGGAGGAGGAUGAGCAGGCCAUAACCGAAAUGGUGCCGAGCUAUUCGGAAGCGUUGCUUUAUCGACGAGCGGAUCAAGGCUGCGUCGUGGAUCCCAACGAGGAUUCGAAUCGUCCAACAUCCGUCUCCCUCUUCGAAUGUUCCUGCCCAUGCCACGCGGCCUCCGCUCUCGAGACGAGCACCGGCGCGCACGAGGAGGACGAGGACGCGGCCGGGCUGCCGUUGAUGGGGACGGCGGCGCGCGUCGAGGCGCGUCCCCCCUCCACCUCGAGUUGCACGACGGGCGGCGAGAGGGGAGAGACUACGGCGAGCGGAAAGUGCGCGAGUUGCGGGAAAUACUUGGUCGAGGCGCGGCUGGAAACCGCGGAGAUGUGGUCGAGAAGCGAGUGCAGCAUCUCGGGCUGGAGUUCUGGGAUCGGGGGUUCGAGGAGAGGGUUCCAAAGCGUGAGAAGGGGGCCGAGGACGAUGGCUAUGGCGAUGACGAUGACUAUGCCUCGCGACAUGUCCGAGCCGAAUCUCAGGUCGAGGUCGGAAUCGUUGGAGGCCGACACGAGGUUCCUGAGGUUGAACGGGCAGAGUUUGAGAAAUAUAUUGGAGAGCGAGCAAGAGGAGGAGUUUGGCGGUGGUGUCGAGGAUGGGAUGGGAGGAAGGGACGGGCGCGGCGAGGUGGUCGAUGGCCGAGGAAAGGAGGAGGGAAAGUUUCGGUUGUCCCUUUGCUCCCUCGAUGAAACGAACUCUCGGUCGUCGAGAAUGGACGCGAGCAGGGGCGCUAUACCCAAGAGGAUAUGCGGUAAUACGGCGAGAAGCAGGGUGAUCGCGAAUCCCAUGUCGGACGAGGGGGACGGUUUCGCGGCAGACACGAACGCGUACUUCUGCCUGAAAUCGAUUCUCAAGCAGAACAAACGAAGGUACACCCUGAUCACAGCGAGGGAGCUUCAAAAUUUGUCGGACGGGGAGGAGGAGGAGGAGGACGGAGGAGGAGGUAAACGUUCGGAGAAUCGGGCCUCGUAUCACGAGGGUUGCGCCCCGACGCGCCCCGUUUUCCCCAAAACCAACGUCGGGGAGAAAAGAUCGUUCGAUCUUUCGUUCUCGAGAUCGAGGGAGAGCCUGGACGGGAGGGGAAGGAGGAGGAAACAAUUGUUGGAGAACGAAGCGUCGACGGGCGAGAAGGGCGAGGAAUGGAAGGAACGGGGGAGCAACAGAACUCUGAUAUUCGCGAGCCCGAUACAAGAGGUCUGCCCAGGCGAUCCUUUCGGAGGGAAGGACGUGGUUCGAACGCGGCAGGAAGUGGACUCAACCCCGACCGAGGAGGCGCCGAAUCAGACAGUCCUCGGCCAGCUUGGACGAUCCCUCGCGUGCGAUCGAAGAUCGUCCCGCCGCCGAUUCCAAGAUUGCCGCAGACACCGUUACUCGGACACCUCUUGCCCCCCUUCUUUCUUCUCCUGCCCGCCCGAUCGCCAGCAUCCCUAUCCGUACGCCUUCUCCGCGUCCACGGACGCGGUGGACGCGAUACGGUUCACCGCCAAACAGAACCAAACUCGUGCCGUGUACCGACACGGGACGUCGUUCCCCCCUUACGAGGGCUCGAUGGACGGAACGAGCCGCGGCGAGAAAUGCGCGGAUCAAACGGUGGACGAUGUUUCACCGGUGAACGGGUCGUGCGGAUCCUCGAGCAAGGGGCAAUUGCAACGCUCAUUGACGGAAAGGCGAACGAGAUCGGUCAGAAACGAGGCGAAUUUCCGUCGAAGUUUCACGGGAAGGGUGGAGGAUUACAGAGGGGAGAACAACAACAAGUGGGCGAAUCUGAAUAUGGAGACGUCGUUGUAACCAGGGAGAUGGAAGGGAGAUGAUUGAAUUUGUAAAUAUCCGUCCUGCCACAUUUUCAACAUCCUGUACAUACACCGUAAUAAAUGCACAUUUUACACGGGCCCGCCUUCGCUUCGAGCGUGUGAUCUCGGACGAAAGAUCGAUUGAUAUUUCUUUCUUUCUUUAUAGAGAUAGAGAAAAAAAAUUCGAGCGUGUAACGCUGUCGAUGUUGCCAAUAUCGUGUCUCAUUUGGAUUUUUAAAGAAAAAAACUUCUCUAAACGUCGUGAUAAAAUUUAUAAUUGAGCCAGCGUCAAUUAUACGACGGGGUUAUAUGUAUUUAUAUAUAUAUAUGUGCGACGUCGGUUGGAUCCGCGAUCGUGAAGAGAGAUUUUAAAAGAGAAAGAGAUAUAAAGAGGGACGAAUGAUAAUUGGAGGAUUUUUAAUCGAUUGUAUUAAACGAUAACACAAUUUGUGCCGAUGCUCGUGGAAUUUCGAUUCGAUAUUUGAAUAUCGUAUUAUUCUAUAAUUCUUCUCGAAUAAAGUAUUUCGAUCCUUGUUUCGAUAGGGUGACAUUAAACUAAUAAUUGCUCGUUACGUAAAGUAAUGGGAUAAUAUUGAGAUAGGUAAAUAUUUCGACUGAGUAUGCGUAUUUGGAAAGAGGCGCCACCUACCACUCGAGAACAUUCUAAUUCUUGCAAAGCGUCAAGCGCAAAAACAAUUCGUGAAUGAAUGCAAUCGUUCGUAAAGAGAACUUUCGCUCAAAUAUAAACGAAGAAAAUACGUAGAUUUUACAAGCAAAAUAGAAAUAAAUCGAAAAGAAAAAAUCCGUUCCGAAAAACGAUUGAAAGUCUUCGCUUCUCCGUGCAAAUAAAAUUUCGAAAAAAAAAAAUAUAUAAGUAUAUAUACAUAUAUAUAUAUAUAUAUUUUUGUCUACAUGUUUGCUCGCUGCAACAGAGAAGAAAGAAGCUAUGCGUAAUUCUGAUCGUUUUUACCGGUCUUUCGAUAUUUUGAUCGAGAACUUUGUAUUUAUCAUACGAUAUACAUACAUACAUGCAUACAUAUAUACAUACAUACAUACAUACAUACAUACAUACAUACAUAUAUAUAAUAUACAUAUAUAAUUAUUAUAAUAUUAACGAGGAAACAAAGCGCAUUGUUAAUGCUUUUAGGAGGAUAUUUUUCAUAUACUUGAAUAAUGUGUAUCGAUGCCAAUUGCUGAUCGUGAUAAUCAUUAAUAGAAAUUACUAUAUAUUAAAGAAAAAAAAAAUUAAAGGUCGUGGUAUAAUUAGGAUUCUAAAAAAGAAAAAAAAAAUGAAUGUUUUUUCUACUCAAUUUAUGGAUGGAAGAUUGUUCCAUUCUCUAUGAAUUAAAAAAUUGAAUAUAUGUAUCUUUGAAACAUCAUUUAAUCGUGUUUAUAUAAAAAGUAUUACUUGAUACUUACGUGACUAAUUGGUAGAAAAAAUUAAUAACCUUAAUUAUACCAUGAUAAUUUUUAUCUAGUAAAUUAAUUGGGAUUUUGAAAUCUGUAAUAUAUACAUGUGUGUGUACGUGUAAUUUUACACGAUUAUUCGCCGUCGACGGAAAGCAACAUUAAUUAAGUGCUACUUAUCGCGAUCUAUUCAAUAUUAACUAAAUCAUUUGAUAGAAAAGUGGACAAUUUUUCUUCGAAAUACGAUUUCUUUCGAAGAUAAAAAGGGAUAGAUAGAAAAUAUUAUAUACAGUUAUACAAAUUUCUGUUUCUAGAUAUGUAACUUUAUCGUUUAUUAGUCAAAAAAACGUUUAUUCGUCAAAAAAACGUUUAUUCGAAUGGAUUGAAAUUCAUUAAUGCGUCAUAAGUAUAUACAAUAAGAAAAUUCGAACAUCGGUUAAUUAUUGUAUUUGUACUUACCAAUUCUGGUUGCUAAAUCGGGAGAAAAACGACAAAAUUUUAUUCACAGCCAUAAAAUUCUUGUCCAAGUAACAAAAUCUUCCAUAAAACUAUAAAAGUUUCCACAAAAUCACGAAAAUUUUUCCGAUUUUUGACACUUCCGAAUUACACGAUGUACGCACAUUCGCCUUUCAAAUUAUUAAACGAGAAUCGUAAGCGCGAUUCGAUAAUCGCAAAUAGUAGAACUUGCCGUCAUUUUAGCGCGAAAUACAAACGAACGAAAGCAUAGCUGAAUCAUCAUAGAAAGUAGGCUUGUUGCAACUUGUUGAAUGACGAUUGACGAAGCAUGUGAUAAUUGAUUUCGAUAUUCAUGAUAUGUAAAUGUUAAGGCAUCUCAGGAUAACGCGUGUAAUUACUUUUCAAGUUUAAUAUAAACAACGUAUGAUAAAUUUUUUGCUCCGCAUACGAUAGAAUGUUCGAUAAGCACAUCUGACCAAAAUCAACCAUAAAGAGGCACUUUCCAUAACAGAAAAUAUUACAACUAAGUAAUAUUGUAAUUAAACACAAAAUAUUUAAAAAAAAGAGUUACAUUUUUUGCAAUUUGAUACGAUAAAAUAAAAAUAUAAAUAAAAUUAAUAAUUAACGGCGAGUUAAAUCACAUCAUAGUAAUUUUAAUGAUAAAUGAUUUUAUUUAAUAGGAUGCACAUUGACUAGCAUCAAAAUUGAAUAUUACAAUUUGAAAGUGUCUCUUACAACGAACUACUCUAGCCUUCAACGUUUAUAAAAUUCAUCGAUCUAUAAUUUUAAUAGUGGCAGAUCUAGGCUUUAAGAUAAUCGACGAAAAAUAUAUGAAUAAACAUUGAUUACAUAAGUACGAAUAAUCGAAUCGUGUUUAUUCUUAAACACGAAUCGAAAUUUACUUCGUUACAAAUCGAAUAAAAUAUUUCGAUUAAAAAAAUAAUACGAAAAUUUGGCUAUCGCGAAAUUGUAUGAGUACAUUUUCAGAUUAUUGCUUGAUGUUGAUGCGAAUACAUGCGAUAAUUCGUAAUUAAAAAAACGAGGUAUAACACAAUUCUCAUUGCCGUACAAUAUUUAAGAACAAAAACAUACUCAUGCCGUCUUAAAAAGUGCUCUUCUAAAUAAAAAAUUGUUUAAUAUACGGCGAAUUGUCCAUUAUUGCGAUAAUUGAGAACGUGUUUAUAUGCGAUACAUACACGCAUAUUCGUUUGCGUAAGAAGCCUGUAAUUAUAUACUGCUACGUAUGUAACUAUUAUAAUUAUUAUUAACGACGAUAUACAAUUCAUUCUUGUAAAAACAAAAAAAAAAAAAAAACAAACGUUAUGAUUAUAGUACAAUAAACGUUAACACAAAAAAAAAUUUAUUUCGUCAAAGUAUUUGCAAUUUUUGAUUAAUUUUUCAUAUAUAAAAAUUACGACAAGGAAAAGUAAAAUACUGGAAUGUUUUGAUUUCAAUGUAUUUUUCUAAAAUGUGGGAUAAUAUUAAUAAAAGUAUAAGAUACAGAUACGAGUGAGAUAAUAACAAAAACAGAUUAAAAUCUUUACCAUAAGAAAACAAUUAUUAUGCACGAAGUCACCGAUAUAUUACUGGCAUAAUGUACAAUCGAAUAUGACAUUAAUAUAUCGGUUUACUUUUUAUACAUUUCGUUUUUUUUUUUUUUUCCUCAUUUUU